AUCGACAGCGACGCGGCGCGGUGUGUUCAGAGGGGAUCACCACCGGCGUGUCUACGAUCGGUGCUCCUCUAGCUAGCUCGCGCCGUGGCGACAUUUCGCCCAGGUAGUUUCUCCUUGGAAAUUUCAGUCGUCACUGUACCUGUAUAAUGUAGCGCGUGCGAUCGAUCGAGCGUGCAUGACUCGCUCUGCUCAUCGGCUUCUUCCGCCGCAGUCAACCAGCCAGCGGUGGACUCGAAGACUCGUUUUGCUAGGCAGCUUCGUGCACGCGGAAGGGUGUACGGCCAUGGACGGACUCGCGGUCUUGCAUUUCUGGAAGCUAGCUCGCCGUUGACUGACCGGCAUAAUCUAUCGUCUUCGUCUUAUCAGUGCCCCGGCCGUCGAUCAAGGUUAUAAGACCACCACCGGCUCUAUCUAGCAGAGCACAUCGCAAACAAGAAAAGAUAAUAGACAGAGUGAGGGAGCAGGCCUGUGAGGGAGUAGAAGAACACACACAGAGUCGGAGAGAGAUGGAGGCGACGGCGGUGAGCCUGACCAGGACGGUCCUGGACGGCGUGCUGGGCAGCGCGGGGACGGCGAUGGUGGACGAGGCGGCCCUCCUGCUGGGGGUGCGGAGGGAGGUGGACUUCAUCCGCAAUGAGCUGCAGAUGAUGCAGUCCUUCCUACGGGUUCAGUCCUCCGCCGGCGCAGCGUGCAAGGACACAGUGAAGACGUGCGUGAAGCAGGUGCGCGACCUCGCCUGCGACCUCGAGGACUGCCUCCUCGACUUCACCCUGCAAGCCUCCCGCGCUCGCUGGCUCCGGUGGGGGCCCGGCAUCGUCGCGCGCCACCGCGUCGCCGGCCGCAUCCGGGAGCUCAAGGCCAGCGUCGUGGAGCUCAACCAGCGCAACCAGCGGUACAACGUCUUCGUCGCCGACAAAGACCCGCCGGCCGCGGCGGACGAGCACGGGCACGCCGACGACGGGUACCACCAGCUCGCCUACGGCGAACAGCAUCAGGACAUUGAGCGGGCCGACGAGAUGGGCGACCUGGCCGAACUGGUCACCAACGAUGGCGCGAGGGUGGUGUCCGUGUGGGGCAUGGGCGGGAUGGGCAAGUCGUCGCUGGUGAGGAUGCUCUACAACAACAAUGACCUUAUCGACGGAUUCGACUGCCGUGCCUGGGUCACCGUCCCGCACCCGCUGGACAGCGCCGACGAGCUGGUGCAGCGGCUCAAGAAGCAGCUCGGCAUGAAGCCUGACGACGACCGUGGCGUCCCGGCGUGGCUGCAGGAGAAGAGUUGCCUAGUCGUGGUGGACGACGUGGCCACGCGCGAGGAGUGGGAGCUUAUAUCGCCGCGCCUUGUCAGCGCCAACGGCACCGGCAGCCGGAGCCGGGUCGUUGUGACGACACGGCGAGAAGAUGUUGCCCGGCGGUGCGCCGGAGACGAGUUACAACACGUCUACGAGCUCAGGCCCCUCGAAGUCGAAGGCGACGAGGCCCGGAAACUCCUCUAUCGAAAGAUUUACAAGACCACUGAUCAUACGCCGGCGAAAGAUAUGGUGGAGCAAGCCAAUCUUAUAUUAAGGCGAUGUCGGGGCCUUCCACUUGCUAUAGCCACCAUAGGUGGUCUAUUGGCUAACAGGCCCAAAACAAGUAGAGAAUGGAUGAAUCUGCGAGAGCACCUUGGGUCGGAGCUGGAGUUCGAUCGAGAUAUAAGAAGAGUUAUUACCUCAAGCUAUGAUGGAUUACCGUAUCAUCUCAAGUCUUGCUUCUUAUACCUGAGUAUCUUCCCCGAGAAUCAUGAGAUCAGGCUUACCCGCUUAUUGCGUCGGUGGAUGGCAGAAGGCUAUAUCACAAAGCCACGUGACAUGAGCAUGGAGGAAGUAGGACGGAGGUACUACAAUGAACUUAUCAGUAGAAGCAUGAUCCAGCCUUCGGAGAAGGCCAGGGCUAGCAUGGGGGUUGAACGUUGUCGUGUUCAUGGUGUGGUGCUCCAAAUAAUCUUGUCCAAGUCUAUGGAGGAGAAUCAACUUUUCAUCAUGGAUAAGCAGUGCAAUGAGGCUCCACAAAGUAAGAUACGCCACUUGGUAGUGACAAGAUGGAAGAGUAAUGAUGAGAAUAUGGCAACCAUAAACUUGUCUCAGGUGAGAUCACUCACAAUUUUUGGAAGGUGCCCUCCAUCCCUCAUCUCCUCUAAACUACGCUUGUUGAGAGUUCUUGACUUGGAAGAUACAGUUGAGCUAAAGAAUGAUGAUCUCAAGGACAUCGGGGGAUUGUAUCAUUUAAGGUAUCUUGGUUUGCGAAAAACAAAGAUUUCCAGACUUCCGUCCUCUCUGCAAAACCUUAGGUACCUAGAGACAUUGGAUGUUCAAGACACAAAGGUGACACAGCUCCCGGUUGGUAUAACCAAACUGGAGAAGCUACGUCACCUUGUUGGUGGCGUCAACUUUGCAAGAGACUUGGUGGAGAAAACAAGGACAGACAAGGUUAAAUGCAAUUGCAACGAAAACCUCUGCAAUACCAUGGCGGACUUGGUUUUCGGGUGCCAUGGUUUUAUGAGGGUUGAAUCUCCAUGUUCAUGUUGCGCAGGUGAGUUCAGUGUAACAACUCCUGAGAGAAUUGAGAAGCUAAGGAACCUACAAGUGCUAGGGGUGGUGCACAUCGCACAAGGAAGCGAAGUGGCAAGGAACUUGGGGAAGCUAACUAGCCUGCGCAGGCUAGGAGUGGAUGUAGUUCCAAAUCAGGAAGUAUGGAUGGAUCUAUGUAGAUCCAUAGCAAGUCUUGUUCGUCUCGAGCGACUUGAAGUUCGCUCCGAGUCGCUUGAAUUUCUGAAGGACACGAAGGAAUCACCACCAAAGCAUCUCACUUCACUGCGCUUGUGUGGUCGUUUAGGCAAUCUCCCUGAAUGGAUGGGUUCACUCAACGAUCUAGGCAAGGUGAAGCUACUUCGGACACAGUUGAAGCAGAAUGCCAUUGAGGUGAUUGGGAAGCUACCCAACCUUACUCUUCUCGCACUCUGGGAGGAGUCCUUUGCAGAGGGAUUUAUAUGUUUCAGCGAAGGUACAUUUCAGAAGCUCAAAUUGCUUUACAUUGAAGGCUUGGAGAACAUCAAAACUAUAAAAAUUGAGGAAGGCACGUUGCCCGUGCUUGAGAAGCUUGAAGUAAAGAAAUGCAUUAGCUUGCAUGACAAUGAGCUGGGAUUGUCCCGUGUAUUGUUCCUGAAGAACCUGAAUGAACUUGUCUUGACGAGUUGCGGUGACAAACCGCAGCUGGAGAAGGCACUUCAGAGGCAGAUUAGUGGAUUUGAACUUGCAAAGCGCCCCAAGCUUAUCACCGGCAAGUCCAUCAUAACAAGGAGUUAGCUUAUGAAAUAGUCCAAUUUGAUCGGGAAUAGAUGUUGUACACAAAGUUAUGUGAAUUUUUCAGAUCAGUUAGUUUUGUCAGGCAUUAAUAUUUUCUUUUCCUUAUCGAAAAAAUGUAGUACUAUAUUUUUGUACUGUCAGUAAUUUCUUAACAUAUUCUUACAAAGAAGUAACCAGGAGAGUUACGUUGUGAA